AUGUCUGGAAUACCAGGUAUACCGAUUGACGAAAACGCCAAACCUGGUGAGCAGGCGCCUCAGCCCUAUCGAGAGAAUCUGAGUGUUAUCGUGACGUGCCCGGACUGCAAGGAAUACCCACCAAAUUUGGUCAAUGAAGGAGCCACUCUCGUCUGCGCAAGUUGUGGCAUGGUGCUUGAAGAUCGUGUUGUUAGUAUGGAGAGCGAGUGGCGAACCUUCAAUUCUGAUGAGGGCAAAGGAGACGAUCCUAGUCGAGUUGGCGAGGCAGAGAGUGAGCUUCAACUGGGUGACCACCUUGAAACAAGAAUAUCGACCAGCCAGGGGAGCAGCAAAGCAUCGCGCAUGCUAGCAGCGGCCCAAAACAAGCAGUCUAGCGAGAAGACAAAUAAAAGCCUGGCGUCAGCGUUCAGGCAGGUCGAAUUUUGGGGGGAGAAGGCCGCCCUGCAGAAGAAUAUUCGUGACAAUGCUAAGAGGUACCUCAAGCAAGUCGAUGAUGCGAAAGCUUUCAAAGGGAAGCAACAGGACGCGGUUGUAGCAGGUUGUAUCUUCAUCGCAUGCCGACAGGCGCAAGCAGCACGAAGUUUCAACGAGAUUCAUCAGCUCACCCAAGUGCCCAAGAAAGAGAUCGGCCGGGUAUACAAGCAUCUCGAGAAAUUUCUGCGUAACGCUGACGAUGUCAAGCUCAAGCGGAUUGAGGCUGAAGGUGGUAUCUUCGAUUCUGCUGCGGCAGCCUACAAAAACACCAAAUCUACAAAUGCUUCAGAUCUAUGCGCCAGAUUCGUCAACAUGCUCAACCUUCCAGUCAAAGUCGAGGCCUUCGCAAGAGAUAUUGCUAACAAGAUCGUUUCGAUCAAUGAGCUUGCUGGCCGUUCCCCUCUGUCAAAUGCGGGCGCCUGCAUCUACUUUGCAAGCCAUUUCGUUGGGUUGGGCAGGUCGGCGAAAGAGAUCAGCCAAGUGGCAGGUGUGAGUGAUACCACAAUCAAGGGGGCGUACAAGUUCUUGUUCAACGCACAGGACACCCUGAUUACCGAGAAGUUUCUGAAGGCACCCUACAAUGGGGAUCCAAAGAACCUGCCUCAAGUCCAGAAUUAA